AUGAUUGGACAAAAUCAUGGUAUCAAUGCAGAGGGGAAGCGGCUUCCACGAAUGGCUGCCACUCUAAUGAUGCACUUUACCGCUGAGAGAGAGCCCACCUUUGGCAUCCACAGAGCCAGUUUCAGGCCUGUCACCCCUAGCAAGGAGUUUGAAGAUUCUCCAUCUACCGGAGAAGAGAGUCAAUCCACCAUCCCAGAGUUGCGCCACUUUGUUGAUACUGAGAAAUCCUCUUCUGUGAAGCAACAUACCCUAGAAGACCAGUCAUUGGAGUCUCCACCCCAAGUGGAGGACCUGGGGUCUGACCCAGAAUCCCCUUCUGCAUGGAGUCUGAGUAGUGUUACAGGAGGUGAAACCACCCUAGAAAUACUGGAGGACAAAGCAGAUGGCUCUCUUCGGAGGGACCAGAGAACUGGAGUGAAGUUCACAGACUGGCACAAAUGUCGCAUAACAGCUCGGUGUACUGAGCGUUUUGACAAGCUGCUCAGAGAAUGCCCUGAUUACCACAACACUAAGAGCUGCUUUUGUACUGGAGAGAGGUGUGUGAGAGAGUUUCUUGACACAGGUGGGCAGCGCUGUGAGGAAUAUGAAGUGGUAGCUCUGGGAUCAAGUCAGAACUGCUGCAGUGGUUGGCUUUCUUACACAGGAUCUGUCAUCCAUGACUGCUACGCCAUUGUCAUCGCCCGCAGAGCCCUCAAAAGGUACUUGUACAAGCAGCUCCUGCUGUUCUACAGUGCUGAUCCAGAGCUUAAAAAGCGCUCCAUACUGGAAAAUGUUCCAUCUGAACGACUGCUUCAGCUCAAGCCACACAUUUACCUUCACUUGUACACUAACAGAGCCCUCAAAGGAGCAGCUCAGUGCAUAGUUUUGCAGUUUCAGAGCUGUGCUUACUCCACUCUGAAGCUGCAGUGCCAUGCUAAAGGCUCUCUCAUCCCUGCUGCCUUCCUGCUUCCAAGCGCGUGGGGUGCUGGCAUCUGUUGCAUGUCUGGCAGUGACAAACUCACCCGUUGGAUUGUCACAGGAGUGCAGGGGGUGCUACUGAGUCAUUUCAUCAACCCAGUCUACAUUACCAGCAUUGUACUUGGCGAUUCCAAGUACUGCUCAGAGAAAGUGUCUGAAAUCAUUAGCAAGCGUCUGGUCACGGGCUGGAAUGAUGCACUGCUUCCUCCAUUCAAACAAACCACCAUCUUUUUCCUGAGUGGAGAGCACGUGGGGCCUUAUGAGAACACAGACCACUGCAAAGACCUCAGCGUCAACUGGUGUUUGGGAGACUCCAGUAUUGAGAUUCUGGACAGCACCACUGGUUAUGCAAUCAACAAUUCUCAAUUUGUAAGCGGUCCUGGAUCAUCCAGCAGACUUUGUAAAAGAGCAUUGUACUUUUGCUUCAGAGAAGUCUCAGUGCUGGCAGGCCACCAUGACUUUUUGUCAUUCACUACAUACCGCAAAGCUAAACUGUAUCAGGAGACCAAAACUCAAGUCAAUAUACAGUUCUUAGCCAACAAUGCUGGACCAUGGAACUCUAAACACUUGGUAGAUUGCUUCAGUCAUUAA